GUGGGCUCGAAGUAUCGUUUGGUCCGUAAGAUCGGUUCCGGCAGUUUUGGGACCAUUUAUUUGGGUAUCAAUACGACGAGUGGCGAAGAGGUGGCCAUCAAACUGGAGAGGACUAAAGCCCGUCAUCCGCAGCUGCUCUACGAGUCUAAGCUCUAUCGGCUAUUACAGGGCGGCGUCGGUAUCCCUCGUAUACUAUGGUACGGUCAGGACAAGGAGUACAACGUGUUGGUGAUGGAGCUGUUGGGCAAGAGUCUGGAGGAGCUGUUCAGCGCCUGCGGGCGUCAGUUCACGACGAAGACUGUGCUGAUGAUCGCCGACCAAAUGAUAUCGCGCGUCGAGUUUAUGCACAGCAAGAACUUCAUCCAUAGGGACAUCAAACCCGACAACUUCCUGAUGGGAAUCCGACCCCAAUGUCAUCGACUCUUUCUCAUUGACUUCGGUCUCUCCAAGAAGUACAGAGACGUGCGGACCCGCGAGCAUGUGAUGUAUAGGGAGGGCAAGAACCUGACCGGAACCGCGCGUUAUGCUUCAGUGUUGGCCCAUUUGGGUGUGGAACAGUCGCGUCGGGACGACAUGGAGUCGUUGGGGUAUGUGUUGAUGUACUUCAUCCGCGGAUCGCUUCCCUGGCAGGGCCUGAGAGCGGCCACAAAGAAGCAAAAGUACGAGAAGAUAGCGGAGAUGAAGUCGCGGACACUGAUCGACGACCUGUGCAAAGGACACCCGAAAGAGUUCGCCAUUUAUCUAAACUAUUGCCGAAGUCUGCGCUUCGAAGAGGCGCCCAAUUAUCUGUAUUUAAGGCAUUUGUUUCAAAGUCUGUUCAAAGCGCUCAAUUACCGGUGCGAUAAUAUGUACGACUGGACACUCUUAGAGCAAAAGGCUGGCGCCCAACCGCCCCCGUCCGGUGGCCACACCUCCGCAGCGACGGCCGCCGGCUGUGCCGCCGCUCCGAAGGCCAACUGAAUACAUGUGAUUCCCCGCCACCGACGCCUCUCCGACUGCCACUCAUUUUCUUAGUCGAUGUGUUUUUAAUUGUAAUAAAAUGGUGAUAAUCUAAUGAUAAACUAAAUUGUAUAUACAUUUUAUAGUGAAUUUUCAUUUCAAAACUUUGUUUUUGUUUUAUUAUAACUCAGACUUUAAUUAAUUAAAUAAAUGGAUUGUAUUUAUUGCCAAAAGUGUUGAUAAAUAUACGAUACAAUUGAAUUUCUUUCUCUUAUUUCAUUGUUUUUAUUGUUUAUGUAAAUAAUAAAUUGAUUACAAUAUAUACGCAAACA